AUGGGGGCUCAGUAUCGCGCAGACCUGGCAGAGCUCGCUGACAGCGAUCUGAAUACAAGGGGCGAGAAGGAUAGUGAUUCGGCAUCUAGGCUGCAAUUGGGACGAGUGGGUGAAAGCUGGCGCGCCAGGAAUGAGCCUUCUGCUUCCGCAAGUGGGGCUGUCUCGUGGAUAUGGAAGACGGUUGUGGGGGAGGGUGAGGAAACGAGGCUUCAUGAAGCUGUACGGGUCAGAUGGACGAAAACGUUAGCGCGACGCGAUCGCUGGAUUGAAGAGGUGCGAUUGCUGCGGGAGGAAAUGAAACGAGUGCUUCGGAGCUUGCGGGCAGUCCAGCAGACAUGGCAGGAGCGCGUCGAAUGUGGUCGUGCAGUGGUACCUGAGGUAGCUACGGGCUUGAAAGCAUACGCGAGGAAACAGGUGGCCCUGCAUCAAUGGAUAGCGGAGUGCUUUGUGGCGGAGUGGACGAAACCGGGAAAAGCAGCGGUCGAGACUGUCCUGCGGCUUGAUUUGGGGACCUACGAGCAGUUGCUCGUGAGGGACAGUGAAGAAUUGGGACUGCGAAGCGUAGAGGAGAGCAUUAGCGUAGAUACUAGAACCAUAGCUGAAUAA